AUGAGCAAGGGGGUGGAUGAUCAGCAGCGGCUGGCCAUCAUGCUUGGAGGGGCAGCUUUCGCUGACCAGGAAAAAGAGAGGAGGUGCCCGUCGACGAGCAGCCCAGCGCCGCUGCCCGCCGCCGCCGCCGCCGCCGCUGAGCCGGCGAGCGAAGAAACGGCCGUUGCCGAGGAAACCGUCACCGAGACCAAGUCCGAAGGGGACGAAAAGACGGAGGAAAAGAAUGGCAGGGAGGAAGAGGAGGAGCUCAAGUCGAACAAGGUGACGCUGGCGGACCUGUCGGCCAAGGGCACGGCUCUGUACGUGAAGAAGAAGUACGAGGAGUCGGCCGAGUGCUUUGCCACGGCGGCGGAGAUGCAGGCGGAGCUCAACGGCGAGAUGAGCCCGGACAAUGCGGAGAUUUUGUUCCUUUACGGCAGGAGCCUGUUCAAGGUUGGGCAGGCGCAGAGCGACGUGCUCGGGGGCAAGGCGUCCUCGGCGGAGAAGCGGCAGAAGAAGGCGCCGGCCGCCGAGAAGAAGAAGAAGAGCAAGCCGCAACAGCAGGAGCAGGAGCAGGAGCAGCCCGAAGCCAAGGCUGGGGAGGCGGGCGAGGCGAGCGGGUCCAAGGGUGAGGAAGAGGGGGAGAAGAAGGGUGAGGUCGAGGUUCCUGGCGCCAAGAAGCCCCUGUUCCAGUUUACGGGAGAUGAAAACUUUGAAGAUUCGGAUGAGGAUGACGCAGAGGGAGGCGAGGAGGAAGAAGAAGAAGAGGAAGACGACGACCUUGCGGUAGCCUUCGAGAUUCUCGACCUCGCGAGGGUGCUCUACGCGAAGAAGCUCGAACAGCUCGAGUCGGGCGAGAUCAAGGAGGGCGAGGGCGAGCCCAUCCUCACGCACGUCAGGGAGCGCCUCGCCGACACGCACGACCUGCUCGCCGAGAUCUCGCUCGAGAACGAGCGGUACCCCAACGCCAUUACCGAUUCGCGCGCCUCGCUCAACUCUCCUCGCCCUCGAGAGCAGCGCGACGAGGCGGUCAAGGAGCUGGAGCUGGCGAUUGAGAGCACGAAGCUCAAGCUUCAGGGCAAGGAGGUGGAUCUUGCGACCAUGGCGUCUCCGGAUGAUAAUGAGCUUACGCGGCAGCAAAUUACCGAGGUCAAGGAGAUUAUUGCGGAUAUGGAGCAGCGAUUGGUGGAUCUCCGUGGACCUCCCAUUAACCUCGAAGAGACCCUCUACGGCGACAAGGGCAUCGCCGGCAGCCUCAGCGGCAUUCUUGGCGCCGCGGCCGGCGCUACCAGCGCCGAGAAGCAGGCCGCCAUCGAGGAGGCCAAGAAGACGGCCACGGAUCUCACCUCGCUCGUGCGCAAGAAGCAAAAGGACGAGGCCAAGCCGCCCCAGGAAGCUGAGGCGUCCAACGGGGCCAAGGGAGCCAAUGGCGAGUCCAACGGCAAGCGCAAGGCCGAGGAUGAUGCCGAGCCCGAGGAGUUGAAGAAGGCUAAGCUUGAGGAGGCGACGGCGUAA